CCGCAGCAGAAGUCACAUGACCACUUCUUCUUGUUUUCCUGUAGCAGAAAAUAUCUGAUUUCCUCCGCUCCUCCUUGACUUCACAAGACUAUUAUCGAGACGUUAGCGGCUAAUGCUGACACAGAAACGUCUUUCCAGCCACUAGUCGUUAGUCUAAUUACAAAAGAUGAGCAACGAGCCACCAAUGUAGCUAUAUAUAGCUGACCGGAUAACCCGACAGCAGCAAGCAACAUCUGCCUUUUUUCUUUUUUUUUUUUUUUUUUCUUUCUUUUUUUGACAAGAAACAGAAAGUAAAUCCUCGAAAAAUUAGCAUUAGCUUAGCUUCUUCUUUCCCCUAACGUUUACAUCAGCUUUAGGAGGCAGUGGCCGCUGUCAUGUCGAAAUAUACCAGCUUCCCCGAACCGACGGAGGACCAGAAUCCUUUCCAGGACCCUGCUGUGACUCAGCAUAGCAGCAACACCGAGUAUGCAACACUGGACCUUUACAACCCGUUUGAUAAACCAGCUGGGCCUCCACCGCCAUAUGAAGCCUCGUCUCCGUCUGCACCUCCGCCUGCGCAGACGCCGCCCAGCAGAACGACACCCACUGAGCCUCGCAACUAUGGCUCUUAUAACGCACAGCCUGCAGUGAACGCCACCACAGCGGAGCUCCUGAAGAAGCAGGAGGAGCUCGAGAGGAAAGCCCAGGAGCUGGAGAGGCGGGAACGGGAGCUGCAGUCACACGGCCUCGGCCCUGGAGCCUCUCGUCAGAAUAAUUGGCCCCCUCUGCCUUCGUUCUGUCCUGUGGGGCCCUGCUUCUACCAAGACAUCAAUGUGGAAAUCAGCCAGCGCUUCCAGCGAACUGUCACCAUCAUGUACUACUUCUGGAUGUUCUCCGCGUUCACGCUCGUCUUCAACCUGAUCUCGUCCCUGGCCAUGUUCUGUGCGGACACGACCAACGGUUCCGGCUUCGGCCUCUCCAUUCUCUGGGCCCUCCUCUUCACGCCCUGCUCCUUCGUCUGCUGGUACCGACCCGUGUAUAAAGCCUUCAGGAGUGACAGCUCCUUCAACUUCUUUAUCUUUUUCUUCAUCUUCUUUGCCCAAGUCUGCGUCUUUGUCAUCAUGACUAUUGGGAUCCCCGGAUCAGGAUUCAGCGGCUGGAUUGUGAGCCUGGCUCUUCUGAAUAAAAGCACUGGCGUUGGCGUGCUCAUGAUUUUCAAUGCCACCCUCUUCACUGCCCAGACCGCCAUGGGGGUUUUCCUGCUAAAGAAGAUCCACAGCAUGUACCGGCAAACCGAUGCCAGCUUCCAGAAGGCUCAGGCUGAGUUCGCCACCGGAGUCAUGUCCAAUCAGGCCGUACGCCAAGCAGCUGCCUCUGCUGCCCAGGGGGCCUUCACCGCACCUCGAUAGGAGAAACGGGAUGAAGCACCGCUUCUUGAGCGGUGGAGAGUCGCUUCUGCGAAAGCGGGGGUCUGCUGAAAUACCUCCGAGAAAGUUCAAAUUUGAGUAGUCGUGCAUGAGUUUUCGGGUUUUGAAAGUGUACAGGACGAGCUGCGCACAUUGCCAAACUGAGUAAACCAAAAACGCAAAGGUUGAAAUUGUGUAAAAUAUAAAAACAGUGCUGUCAAAUUAUCGGAGGAGGAAGCAAACAAUGCUGCCUGUGUACCCAGCUUGUUGAAAUACAUACAUUUAUGUUGAAAUGUUGCCACUUUUCCCUUCAUAUCUUCAUAUCUACAACUCAUCUGCUCAUCCUAAAAUAGUGUUUUUGUUUUGCUUAAGUGUUGAAUAACAAAAUAUUUAGUUGUUACAGAUAUGAGUACUACUUAGCUCUGCUGCCAAAUCUUCUCACACUGUAAAGAGGAAAUGUUUUGUUUCUGGUAUAUGUGAUUGUUCUGUUGAAGCCUAAUGUGAUUAAGAUUAUAACUGUUUUGGUUUUAAUUAAAAAAGAAAUAAUGCCAUGCUUU